CUGCGAUCGUCCCCGUUCCGGCGCACAACCAUCCGGACUAUCGAUCCGGUUCCGGGCGUGAACACGUUGAUCCCGCUUCAAGCGGUAGUAAAUAAACCGACGCCGUCACCUUGUGCACCAUGUCGACGUCGAAGGCGACGAGUGUCGUCGCGACGGCCGAUAACCAGCUGACGCCGCAGACGCCCGUCUUGAACGUGGCCUGCCGGAUUUUGAGAUCGCCUUCCCACGAGUCCGUCACCACGGACCUGUCCCUGUUCAGCGUGUCUUCCGCCGCGUCGGACGUUCACUGCGGCCGCAGGUUGCUCAACUUCAACAAAUGUGAUCAGUUCGUUAGGGGGCACAGCCCCAAUCCUGAGACACGCGCCCACAACAGACCUGCUGAUAUUCCCGAAAUCCUGUGGUUCGAAGAAGAGACUGAAUUGAUACGUAGCUGUGCAGCUUUAUCUUCCGCAGUUGGCCUUCAAAAAAGCUUCAGUACCAGCGAUAUUAGUCAAUUACCUUCGCCAGACGAUGGCCCCACUGUUCCUGGACUUAGAAACGCCGUUUCCGAUUUAGCACUUAACUCCUUGCAAAGGUCGGGUUUUAUUCUGGAAAACGCUAGAUUAGAUCAGACAUCGCGAUCAUGUUCGACCUGGGUCGCAGUAGGCGACAUCGCUUCCACUUCUCAGCUGCCUUCUCCACACGGUGGACACAGUAGUGCCACCACUUCGACUUCGAAUGCCAACACCAAUCAGCCACAUCAACCCCAGACUAACACGCCGCCGCCCCCUGCGUUUACCGCUGCCGAUUUUAUUCGAUCUGUCAACAAAAAAGUGAGACAAAACUACAUACGACGUAGACUCCUAACGACCUACAAAGCCCUAGAAAGACUAUCCCAAAGCGAAUUCAACCUCGACCGACUCGAAGUGACUCCAUCCACUGCCACGGCGAGCGUGUCCACCGAAGGCGCGGACGGCCAUGCCGCCCCCUCACGCCUCACCGUCCCCGGCUCGAGUCCCACGCCUCGACCGCACCAUUCGGCGCCGCCUCCGAACAGCACGAACGCCGCCAUGCUGCGAGUGGCGAAACAAAGGGCCGGCAGCAAUUUGCCGCUCACGAUACGGGACGUGGAACGGGAGCGGGGAAAGCCCCUUAGUAAAUACGAGAGGAACAUGAUGAUAUUCAAUUGGCUGCACACCUUAGACGAUACCGCCUUCGUAGAGGGAGUACAAUAAGUCUUGUCUUAUGGCCUUUUGUCUAUACUUACACGGUACUAAUGAAUACGUUGUAUGGUUUAAUGAAGAGACCCUGUAUAUUUUGUUAACAUUUUGUGUUUGGAGGGUCAGGACAAUAGAAAGAGCUUAGCUUGGUCAGGACUAUAAUGGGUCCUGGUAAAUUGGUAAAAUAAACAUACUCUGUUUUUUUGUCUUGAGUAAGAACAAAAUAAUUGUUAACAUUAUUUCUGCACCGUUGGGAAAAAAUAGAUAAGUUGAUUUUUGUCAAAAUGAGAUGAGUACAUUGGCCAACCAAUGUCAAUAGCCAAAUAAUUAAACAAAUGAUUUAAAAAAUAAAUAAUUAUCAGAAAAAGUCGAUUCACACUAAAAAUUAAAGACUUCAAAGUGAUAUCCUGAAAAGUUGUGAUAUUCAACUUAUUUUUUUUUCCAAAUGGUGCAAAUCUAGUUGGCAAUAUUACAUGACUUUACAUUCCAAACCAAAAAAAAUGUAAUUGCAACAAAAGAAGUUAUAAUGUCAAAAAUAAUAAAACCUUGUUUAAUAAUUGGAAGCAAAAAUCCUG